UGAAAUUAUAUACAAGUUACAAAAAUGAUUGAUAUCAAAGCCCUUUGUGGUAAAUCAGAGCCAACUUCAUCCCAAAGACUGCUCAGUGAUUACGAUCUGGAAGAGGGCAAGCAGAACUACACUAAGGACAGAGACCUGAUCAAGGAUUUCUUGCCAGAGACAAGGGAGGUUCUAGCCACGAUAAAAUAACAUGGAGAAGAAUAUAUCCCAGAUUAAAGCUCUUAAAGAAGCUAUUACUCAAGAAGCUAGAGGAGACAGGGAGAUAGCUACUAAUGAAAAGGUACAGAUUAUUAUCUCCAAGACUACUGACAUGCAGAAAACUAUAAAUGAGUCUCUUAAGGAAAUGUCUGAGCAAGUUGAUAAGGCGAAGGAAGAGUAUCCUGAUGAGCCUGAGUGCAGAGUCGUAUCAACUAUCCACUCUACACUUAUUUUCAAGUUUAAAGAGGUCCUUAUUUCGUUUCAGAAGAGCCAGUCUGAUUAUAAAAAUGCAAUGCAGUCCAAAAUAAAGAGACAGAUUGCUAUUGUUAAGCCGGAAGCUGGAGAGAAAGAAAUUGAGGCACUUUCAAAAGACCCAGAGUCCGCUAUGAAAAUGGUUUCUGAUCAGAUCUCAGGAAAGGCACAUAGGAAACUCCAAAAUACAGUUAGAGAUAUACAAAAUAAAUAUGAGCUCAUUUUAAAGCUUGAAAAUAGUGUUGAAGAAGUCUACCAACUAACUCUGAAUCUUAAUAUUUUGAUUCAGACUCAAGGUGAGAAAUUAAACACUAUUGAGAAGAACUUAGAAGAGGCUAAUGAUUAUCUGGAAAAGGGAGAAAACCAUCUUAAUCUAGCUAAAAAGUGGCAUCAGAAGACUAGGUACAAGAUGGCUUGCAUAGCUGUUGUACUAGUCAUCAUUGCAAUUAUUUUAAUCGUCAUAUUUGUAAAGUAAUCAAUAGUAUUAAA